ACGUGGAAGAUGGCACAUCUCGAGAACGAGUACUUGACCAAGAAGUACCAGAAAUGGGACCACUUCAAGGACGACGAGGAAGACGGCACGGCACUUCCUGCAUCUGCCAAGCCCACACAGUAUGAUCAUGCUGGCGAUGCGGACAUUACGAUUGUCGACCAAAUGCUUCUGACCCCCGCGCAACUACAAAAGUACAAGCGCAUGGAUCAAACCAAGUCAGAGAUUUGGCAAAUUGUGGUUCGCAAACUACGCGUGUGGAGUGCCUCCAGCGAAGGAGCCGCCGAAGGCGACGAAGCAAUUCCGUGUCGUCCGUACGCAAUCCUUGUCAACAACAUUUAUCCUUUGGGCCAGGUCUUGUCAUAUGAUGUGUUAUACUGCAUGAGUGUCACCACAAUUUGAUAUGUAGGUUGUGUCCAAGAAAAUCUGCGACCCGCCGCAAAUUUUUCCAUCCGCACACGAGAUUUUGGCGCUUAGUUUGGACGCGAUGGCCGAUCCUCCGAGCAGCAUCCCCCAACAUCGACCCGACAAAAUUGUGUUUGCAGACAAGAAAUUGGUUGGGGAACUUCGUGUGUCGUAUGCGGCAUUGGGUAUCGAGUGCACGUACUUGACGGAAUCGGAAGGCAUCGACGCGUGCAUCUCAGAAUUAUCGGGUCAUUUGGUGCGCAAAGACAUGGCAUCCAUUGGUGCCGUCAGCGAAAAACCCGGCUUGUUGUCGUUGGGGUUGACGAAUGAUCAAGUAGUGGAAUUCUACGAAGCGUGUGCCAAGUAUGCCGAGCUGCAACCGUGGCGACGGCUGGUGGAGCGCCAAGCGAUCCAAAUCGACGCCACGACCUCUUUGGCCUUGAACUCGAAGCCUCAAUCUUCGGUGCAAGGAGGGUCUGUGUAUGUGUCCGUGUUAGGUCAUGUGGACGAUCCGUCGACAGAAGACAGCUUGAAAGGUCGGUACUUUACUGCUGCUUGCCUAAUAAGUCUUGACGCCAUAGGCCUGGCGCUUUUCUUCACGCGCACGGACUUGCAACGUCGAGUCUUGCCUCCAGGCCAAAAGUUGGCCUUGCUGGAGGACGCCAAGCUUCGGCGCUGUGCCACGUGUGACAAGAAGGCCGGCGUGGACAAGGAGCUCAAGCGAUGCACCCGGUGCCAAUGCGUGUUUUACUGCGACGCCCAGUGCCAACGCAAUCACUGGAAAGACCACAAAAUCAACUGCGUGGACCCGUCGAAACAAGCCGAGCAAAAGGCGCAGGUGUGGGGCGCGCGGGAAUUGAGUGUGUUUUACGGCAACAUCACGGCCGUGCCAUUCGACGACUUGGACGCCAUUGACAAAUUGAACUGCCGCAUUGCAAAGGACCCGGACGGUAGCGGCCUGUACCCGACGCCGAUCCUGUUUCGACAUGGCGAAGCCACCCUCCCAACCGGCGCCGACUUGUUGUGGCUCGUGCGGGGGCUUCAGGCCGUGAUCCACAUGACCACCACCUACCCAAACUUCGUGAAUGCCACAAUGCCGGAACUGCUUGGCCUCACGGACGACGAGUCCAAGCUGACGCUGCCGAUCUCGACCAUGACUGGCGAAGAAGAGACCGUGGUCGUGCGCAACAGCUCCGUGCUGAGCUUGCAAGACGUCGAGCUCCUUCGCGGGGCCAUUGAAAGACGCGAAGCAGAAAAGCACGCCACCCCUCCUCCGGCUGCUCCAACUACUACUAGUACUAGUAGCGCCAAGGACGACGAAACUUCGAGUUCGUGCACUGUCAUGUAAAUCCCAUGUAACUUGUAUAUAACGUACACAUGUGACUUGAUGGAGCUCAAA